CACACACGGCCCUCGCUGUCGUAUAUCCUCGUCCAGCCAACAUGAACGCCGUGUUCACCAUGGUGAUGCUCAGUGUGGUGGCCGCUGUCAGCGCCGCUGCAGAGCCCACCACAGCCAACCCCUGCAGCCCACAACAGAAUGAACCACCCAAAGCCACAGCCAACAUAGGUGUUUAUGGCGUGAAUUUUGGCUCCAGGACGGUCAUCCCCAGAACCAGCCCCUCUCAGCAUCAGAAGAAAGGAAAGCCUGUGGCCAUAGGCAACAUCGGAGUGUAUGGUGUGAAUUUCGGCGCCAACAGCUUCAGGCCCACUGUGAAUGUAAACAACACAAGCUACCCUCUGCGUGGCACCUACCAUUCUGGAUAUGUUAUACCCAGAACCAGCCACUCUCAGCCACAGAAGAAAGGGAAGCCUGUGGCCAUAGGCAACAUCGGAGUGAAUGGUGUGAAUUUCGGCGCCAACAGCUUCAGGCCCACUGUGAAUGUAAACAAUACAAGCUACCCUCUGCGUGGCACCUACCAUUCUGGAUAUGUCAGCCCCAGAACCAGCUCUUCUCAGCCACAGAAGAAAGGAAAGCCUGUGGCCAUAGGCCACAUCGGAGUGUAUGGUGUGAAUUUCGGCGCCAACAGCUUCAGGCCCACUGUGAAUGUAAACAACACCAGCUACCCUCGGAGUGGCAUAUACCAUUCUGGAUAUGUACCCAGUACUGAAUAUCCUUCUGUCAAGAAACCGAUCUUCACGUAAUCCCCUGGAGGCAACCCCAACAUCUACGUGUUUGCUUUCGACUCUCUGCAAGUGAUGCCAUCAAUAUCUGUAUUAGUGAGCUCCCAGGUGAUCUACCAAAGGAACAGUUCUAUGAUGUCUUCUUCAGUUAUCUGUCUUAAGGGAUGUCCAGUUUGCGUGAAUAAAAUCGGAUCAGUCGCAUAAUUA